AACAAUCCCACAGUACAGAUUCCUGAACAGGUUUGAGUGGAUUGAACCCAGUCGCUGAGUUCAUGAAGGAGCCGCAGAUUCUUACACACUCAGACAAUUUGGCUCAAACAGACCGUCUGAGCCAAGAGGAGCCACUUCCUGAAGUUCCCCGAAAGGCCGAGGAUGCUCCAGGUGAAGGGAUUCCGGCCUCCGAGGCAGCAGGAUCGCUCGGCAGUGAGGAAGCUGCCGGCUUUCAAUUCUAUCACGCUGACCUGUAUGAACCCGGGCAGCGGCUGGAGGUUUUUACCGACAAACCCGAGGCGCCCAGAGCAUCGGAUCCGGGUGUCCACACUCACUCCGGGAGCUCCCCCGCCCAGAUCUCCGCCCAGAGCCCCAUCGAUCUGGAAUUUCCAACGGGAGAGCUUGCAACUGGUGGGAAUUUGAUGGAUUUUUCCAGUUUCUUCACGGGAAAUGAAUUUGAUCCCUUCCAGCAGAUUGUAGAUUGUUCAGACAGUGCCAGUCUAUGCAACGAUCCACUCUUGAGUCCUGUGUCAGACAGAAUGGAAGAAUGUGAGGCAGCUGGGACUGGACAUCACGUUUCAGAGGGUGGCAGAGAUCCUGCUGCAUUGUUGACAAAGGACAUUCCCAGCGAAACCGGCUAUGAAGUGGACAGCUGGGAGAUCUCUGACGACACAAUUCCUGAUGUUUAUUGCCAGUCCUGCAAAACCCCAAUUCCUGCUUUUGAAAAGCUGUUUGGAUCCCACAAACACCAUCGAGUGGCCCCGCUCGCAUUGGCUGCAGAGGCUACUAAGCUUGAAUGUCAGAACAAUUUGAAAAAACUGGAGCAGCAACUGAUUGAGUUGGACACAUUCGUUAAUCAUCUGGAAGAAAUCUCUGUCACUGUCGAAGAGAACAUUGGUAAACAGGAACAUUACUUGGAGCUGCAGUACGAUGAUUUGAUGCAGUUUCUGGUGGAACGUUACGAAGACAGGAGCCAGGAGCUGGAGGGGGAGAAGAGCCAGAAGCUGGAGGAGUUGUAUGGGAAGCUGUUGAGCUGUGGGCAGAGUGCUGACCUGUAUAAAGAGCUACUCGAGUCCACCGAGGAACUGUUCAAGACUGAAGACAAGCAAAUCUUUCUGAAGAAUGGACAAACAGCACUGGCCAGACUGGAAGAGUUUCUCCAAGUGGACUUUAACCCAGAGCUUACGACAACAACGGAAUUUGAGACAUUUCCAACAGACAUGCCCGAGGUGCAGCGAUUAAUAGACACGAUCAGCAGCAUCCCAGUUCCCUCAGCUCCUUUGAUGUGUCCACAAACUCCUGGUACAGCAACCGCCAACUCAGUGAGAGUCCGCUGGAGUCUUUCAGCUGACGAUACUGUGGAACAUUAUCAACUGUACUAUAGACAACUACCUGCAGACAGCACACAGCAAGACCAGGCACCUGCAGACACAUCCCUGAAGGUGAAGGAAAUGUACCACACGGUGAGGAAUUUGAGGCCUGACACUGCGUACGAAUUCUGGGUCACUGCCACAAACUCUGCCGGGACAAGUGUCGAGAGUGACCGGCUCAAACACACGACAGUCCCCUUAGCUCCCACUAUCAAGAGGAGAGCAGUGGCAAUCUGCCAGGAUGCCAUUCUCAUCGAGUGGGAACCUGGGAGCGGGAAUCCCGCAAAUUCCUACACCGUGGAAUUCUGCCAGGUCUGCAGGGGCUGCAACUGGAGGGAAUCUCUCACAGAGUCUCUGACUGGGAUAACUUCAUGUAAAACAUUAAUUGAACUGGAGGCCAAUGAGAAUUACCUUUUCUAUGUCAGAGCUGUGAAUGAAGGCGGCUGCAGCGAGAGGAGUUCCCCCAUUAACAUUCGAACCACAGGAACCCAGUUUUAUCUGAUUGAGCAGACAGCACAUCUCGCGCUCUCUAUCCUCGAGGAUGGAUUGACAAUUGUUCAUAACGAGGAGAGUGUCUUCAUCGAGCCUGCAGAUUAUGACGACCGAUUUACAAGCUGUGCUGCUGUCAUGGGACAGUUAGUGCCCAUUCGAGGAAAACAUUACUGGGAGGUCGAAGUGACUGAACACACGGAGUACAGGAUUGGUGUCGCCUCACCAAACAUCCCACGGGAAAGUUACCUCGGCUCAAACAUCACAUCUUGGUGCAUGAGACACACACUCACACCAUCCAGGAGUAAGUUCGAAUUCCUUCACAAUGGGAUCACCCCCGAUUUGAGAAUCACCGUCCCUCCAAAGAGAAUCGGAAUUCUUUUGGAUUACGACACGGGGAAACUUUCCUUCUUCAAUCCUGACAUCCCUCAGCAUCUCUUCACAUUCUCUCAGCAGUUUCAGAACCUCGUCAAUCCUUGUUUCGCUUUGGAAAGUUCUGGCAUUUUAAAAAUCAGUCAUGGGAUUCCCAUCCCCGAGUUUACAAAAUGACCAUGAGAUCUCCCUUCAGGUUGAGCUGCAGCAAACAUUGUGUGGGAGUGGGUUUUAGUUCAAAGGAAAUCGUUUAAAUGUGCAGUGCUUUUCAUGAGUAGUCACAGGGAUGAGAUGUUGAUGGGGUCUGCGGGUUUGCAGUGCCACAGUUCAACCACCAGAGGGGGCCCAGUGAGCAUUGACCUAGUGGUGGACACUGGUACUGCAGGCCCAUUCAUUCACUGCCUCAGGACUAGUCCCCGCCUCACCAUGCCCUCAUAUCUUCAUUCAUUUUUUCCAUGCCAGUUGCCCAAACCUGAUCCUAACCCCACCCAAUGGCCACACACAACAGCAGCCAUAGCUUAAAAAUCAGGAAAAGGAAUUUUGACAAUUUUCCUUCUCUUUUACCCAGGGGUUCCAAGGGCAAUUUUAGCUUUUCUUUGCACUGCCCAGAGAUCAUCAGCUCCUGCUCUAUAAAACCUAACACUCUGUUUCCCCCCACUCUGAGAGGAUCUGUCAAUUUAUACAACAAAGUGAAUAUUGACACCACUGUGUUAGACAAUCAGUUGGACGCAGAGUGGGAUUUAUAGCAAACAGUCUACAGAGUCUAUUAAAAAAGUGUCUCUGCGAGCUACAAUGAACAGAACUCAUGCCUGAAACUACAGCAAAGUCUCCUGAUAAAACCAGGGUGAUAUUUCCAGUAAAAUGCAGUGAGUGGAGCUUAGUUACAUUACAGGGAUACAAAUGUUGUGCUUAAGACCAAUUCUAGUCACUUACCACUGCAGUGUCCAGGUGAGAUCGACAGGAAAUUAUCUAAUCAUCCAGCAUAGACUUGAUGGGUCAAAUGUCCUCCUUCUGUGCCAUAAAUUACUAUUGCCAUUCUAACUGGAAAUAGCAGUGUCAAUGUAUCUAGUGAUGUAGGAUAUUGAGCACAAACUUGGAGAAUUUUGAGGCUUUGAAUCUAUGUUUAAAGUUGUGACAAACCUGUUUGAUAAAAGUAAAUUGUAACUAGUCAAUGAAGCAAACACAGUUUUAUUAAAAAGAGGUGAAUGUCCCAGGUUAAUAAGUCAUGUUGGAGAGAAAAUUAAAAUGGGUGCCCUAGGGAAAGGAU